CCUCUCUCCACCUCCUUCUCCGCUCCGACCUCCUCACCAGAGUCAUUCAGUCCUAUCUCUAUCUCGCCUGGAAGUCCUAUCAGCCCUUCCUCACCCUCUAGUUUGCCUAGCGUUGCGGUGUCGCCGACGGGGACGGGGAGCACCGUUCAUGGACAUGGGCAUGGCAUGAGUGGUGGGACUGGGACUGGGACUAGUGGUAGGAGGAGUGCGAUCCCGAUCCCGCAUGCGCAUACGCUCGAUCUGCCGAGUAGUGCUGGGCCGGGGUAUCAGCAGCAACAGCAUCAGCACCAGCAUUCGCAUGGGUUUAGGCCACCGUGGCAGGGCCCUUUCUCCCGAUUCCACUCCCUCUUCCCUUCGUCCUCCAGCUUGCCGCCCUCAGGCGAAGGCAGCAGGAUGCCCGUCGCACCGCAGGGUCCUCCGCCAAAAGCGCUGAAGACACGUAUUGUUACUUGGAACAUGCACGAGUCGUUACCGAAGGGCGACCUCGAAGAACUCCUAGGCGCCGUGCCGGAGUAUGACCCUACGGGCACGACGAACGACUCUGAUGCGUUCCCGGCGCUGUCGACGGAGGAUGGACAUCCUUAUCAUCUUAUUAUUGUUGCGGGCCAGGAAUGUCCGAGUUUAUCAGGUCUCCCCAUGGGCCUCGGCGCAGGCUUCAAACUAAAAGACAAAGAAAAGGACAAAGAAAAAGAAAAAGAGAAAGAGAAACCAUCCGAGGACCCUUUCGAUCCUCCACCCCCCACCGCCAACACCUCUCCAAAUCCGAAUCCGAGUGCAAAUCCGAAUCCGCCCAUCCCCAGCCCUAGUCCCAUCAAAGCCCGCAAAUCGAAAGACUUGGACCACGACGAGGCUGCUGCUCCUACUUCCACCACGACCAAUGCGACGGCGACGGGGAAUGUGACGGCGAUGCACAGUGGUGGUGCGUCCUCGGGAUGGACGGCGAUUUUGGAGGAUUGGUUCGUGCAUGGGAUUAAGGACGUGCAUCCGCAUUCGCAUGGACAUGGGUAUGGAUACAGAGAACAUGGAGGACACAGAGAGCACCACCAUAGAGAGCACCAUGCGCAUUAUCCGCAUCUGAGACACGCGGUGACGCAGAGUGAGGUUGGGGUGAAUGGGGCUGUUGGGGCUGGGGUUGGAGUUGGAGCGGGCGUGGGGCUCGGGGCGGGGUCUGCUGUGGGGGGACUUGUCGGUAAUAGUAAUAGCAACCACACCAGCAACGGCAAUCUCAGUGGCAACGGCAACGGCAACCUCAGUGGCAGUGGCGGCAACCUCACUAGCGGAAUUGUCAGUGGAGGCGGCGGCGGAGGGCUCCUCCACAGUGAAUUCAAACAAGAAAAACUCCUCCACAACGUCGGCCGUGCGCUUUCGACUGGCGAUAUCACUUCCAGGCAUCAUCAUCAUCGGAGGCAGGUGGUGGAGAGGCGGGGAGCGGGGCCGUAUGAGAUGUUGGUGAAGGAGAGGAUGAUGGGGAUUUAUUUGGCUGUUUUUGUGCAUAAGGGGGUUAGGGGGUUGGUUGAGGGAACGUCAAAGUCGGCGGUCACGGCUGGUUUGAUCGGAGGGCGAGUGGGCAAUAAAGGUGCGGUGGGGAUUAGUAUCAAUCUUUCGGGAACGACGAUCUUGGUUAUCAACGCGCAUCUCGCUGCCCAUGAAGGCAGGCUGUUGAAUAGGAUGGCUAAUCUGAGUAAGAUCAAGAGCGGAUUGACCGUCGAUGCAUUCCUGAAACCGGACGAUCCGCGGAAUUUGGUCGAAGAUCUGACGGAUAAAUUCGACUACACGUUUCUCUGUGGCGAUCUGAACUUUCGGCUUGAUAUUUCGCGGUUGCAUGCGGAUUGGCUUAUUGCGAGACGAGAAUACGAACAAGCCCUCGCCUUCGACCAGCUCUACAACCUCAUGCGGAACGGCCAAGCCUUCGUCGGCUUCCACGAAGCGCCCAUCCAUUUCCCGCCUACGUUCAAAUACGACGUCCUUCGCACGCUCAAAUCGAAACGCAAACGGCCAAAGAGGCAGAAUUCGAAUUAUGCGGAUGCGGUGGCCGCGCAGGCGGUACCUGAGGACGCCGCUGUGGCCGCGCAGGUCAUACGCGAGCACGCAUCCGUGAAUACGCCUGCUGCUGCUGUUGGUGAGUGUGCUGAUCCAGAUUGCCAGGAUGAGAAGGGGCAUGAGAGUUCGGACGGGGAAGAGGAAGCUGGUCAUGGGAGCGGGAAUGCGGGGAGUGGGGAUGCGGAGGACGAGGUGGAUGGUGAGGAAGACGCGGGUGCGAGAAGGGAAGGGGAGGUAUACUCCGUCAUGUCCAAGUCGUCCGGCACUUCCACCUCCAAGCGGACGAUGGACCAGGACGAUCACGAUGACGAAGACGAUUCGGACGAGCAGACCGUUCCGCCGCAUAACAAGUCGUCGACGGCGCUCGGCGCGAAACGACUCGUGGCGAAACUUUCGCUCGGUAGCGCGGCGCAUAAGGCGAAACUGAAGUGGAACGUGUUCGUUGCUUCGAACCCGGGCCUGCACGUCAGCGGUCUUCAUACCAAUAACAAUAACAGUAAUCAUAAUCGUAAUAAUGAUCCCCGCAAGCGCCCGAAGCAGAAGAGCAGGUCGACGGGCGUCGCGAUGGACUAUCAGUACUCGAAGAGCGCGCCGAAUACGCCGUUGGUCAUGUCGAGACAUGCGAGUACGUAUGCGGCGUUGGCGGCCAGCAAAAGUGCGGCGGAGCAUGAGACGUUGAUGGGCUCUGUGCAGCAGUCGGCGUCUAUAUCUAUUGGGGGCGGACCGCCGAGGGCGAGUUCGACAAAGUCGGGGGCAAUGGCGGCAAUUGUGGAUGGGGACGAGCUUGAGGUGGAUAUUGGGGUUUAUGAUUCGUCGAGCAAGCAGCGUGUUCCGAGCUGGUGCGACCGAAUACUGUUCAAGUCGACGGUGAAGCCGCCGGAGGAAGAGUUGGACCACUGCACCCACACGCGGACUGUCGGUCAACUCUUCGCACAUGCAUGGCGUUCAUUUUCUUCACGCAGUAGGAGGGGGUCGAUAGCUUCUGUGCGAUCAACAGAUCUGCCUACCAUCCCCUCGCCUCUUAGUAGCACCACAACAGUCCCCACCCAAGGUCACGGCAACUUUCCCGAACCAUUUCACAAGCCUGGAAGUCCACCAUUUGGCGGCAAGCGAUCAAGACCACAGUCCGUCGACUACAUGUCUAUCAGCCCACGACCUUCAUUGGCCCGAUCACGCUCAAGUACAGCACUAGAUAGCCAAUCCCCACCUAUGCUCAACAUCCUCUCUCCACGUCCUCGAACGGCCACCUCACCAGUCGCUCCCGCCCCCGCCCCUGUCCGCGCCUCCACUUCUCCAGAACUCCUACCCGCACUUCGACCCAUCUCUCCUCUUUCAUCCAAUCUCGCAUCACCACGACACUCCUUCAACGCCGAUUCUCCGCCUCCACCCGCCGUCCCACCGAAAGAUUCGGUCCAUCAUUCCUCUGCCCGAUGGCGUUUCCUGCCUUUCCUCUCCACUUCCACCGAAUCGUCGAGGGAUGGGCAUGGGCCGCCGGAACGUGCGCCUUCGCCUACUCCGAUUCCGGCUCCGGCUCCGGCUCCGAGGAGAGGUGAUAUCGUUUGUCAGAGUUAUAGGACUUUGGACGAUCGCGGGAUGAGGAGGCUGGAGGGGAGGAGCGACCAUCGACCGGUUAUUGGGACGUAUGUUUUGUAUAUCUGAUUCAUCCUGGGGCACAUUUAACUUGAGCCAUCAUCGUCACUCGUUCAUUUUCUUUUCUACCUUGUCUCGCUAUCUUAUUGGUCGGCUCCGACUGACACUGCAACCUAUCGUUAUGAACAUUGCUUGUUCUGCCUCCUUUCCAAGUUCCUUGCAUACACUCGAGCAUCCAUCAUCUACCGUCCACCGAUCAUCAUCUACGAGAAGCAUUCAAUGGCUUAUCUAUUAUAUCCUUUUCUUUUCAUUUUCUUUUGC